AUGCGCAAGAUCGAGGUGCUCAUGGUGCAUGCCCCCCUUCCUUUCAUGCCACCGCCAUCACCUCCUACAGAUUUUUGGUCCCUCCACGACAUGCAGCCACAUCGCGGAUCGACAAUCUCAUUCAAUUUCCUCAAUGACACUCAAAGUGACCCAAACCAGGGUCUAUUCGACUUCAUUGACCAACCUGAGGCUUCGCACCAUGGCCCAUUCGACUCCAUCGACCCUCAAGCCAGUCAGGCAUAUCCUUCUAGUUCAUCGUCAUAUAGAGGCUCUGCAUUGUUUUGCGGGGUCUCUGGAGAUCAGGACACCAUUGAUUUUGAUGGACUUGCCUUUGGCACAUUCCUUGAAGAGUCUGGAGCUAACACCAGCGGAACAUCAACAAGUCAUGCCGGCACCACUGCCCCAACACUGAUUCCUCGGUCAGUGGAGAUUGACACCCUCUAUCCUUUACCACCUCCCCGGGCACUGCAGGGGACUGUCGAGAGAACACAACACUCUUGUUGGAUCCCUGCACCAUAUCCUCUGCCGGAACCCAAAGUUAUGCCCCUCAGCACGACUACUACAUCGACCCCUCAAACCCUGCAGCAUGCAACAAGUGUGGACGUUCCUGUCACCCUCACAAUAAUUGCACCUACCGACCUCACUGCUCCCAUUGUCCCUGUCACCCCCAUAGUCAUCUCUAUUGACCCUGCCCCUCAACAACUCAGUGCACCCGUCUCCAUCUGGGUAUCAGCUGACGUCCAAAAGCAGAUCAUGCAGACUGCGAAAACCCGACUCAUACAAUACUUGCUCACUUUGCAUGCAAUGGCUGGCAGUGAUGUGCAGAAGCGAGAAGUCAUCGAUCUCGCAAUUGCAGAGUCGAUUCCAUUGAUGAAUGGCAUGAAUAUUCGUGUUUCAAAUCCUACGACAUCGAGUCAACGUCAACAGUUGAUUGGGACAUGGACCUCCAUUUUCAGCAGCCUCAUUAAGGUUGUGCGGACCUGUCUUCCAUUCGCUUUCAAUAUCUACCCCCCUGUAGACUCCAACAUUCUACCCGAUGAAUUCCGGAGGCGCGUCAUAAACACAUUGAUCAACGAUCCCACUCAACCAUUAGCUUUCAUGCAUCGAUUCACUGUCAACACUGCUGGGGAUGUCACGAUCUUAGACAGAGUCCUCGACCAGCCCUUCAUAUUACAAAUGUUAAUUCAUUUUGUGUGGCGCAGUGGUACCGGACUAUCAGAAUUCAUUGAAGACCCCCUUGAAGAGUUCAACUACCUCUUUGCUGCUAUUGGGGCAAUCGCGAAGCUGAUAUUGUUCGAGCAAUUGUCACACCCUCCGGUCGUUAUCGUGCACACGCAACUUGAGGCGAGUGAGAUGUUCAAUGUCAUUUUUGCAUACAUUCACAGUCUCCGAGGUGCACAGAAGGGACCCUCAAAAGUACGGAUGCUAGUAGCUAUAAAUCAAUCUCGGCUGGCAGACAGCAUGCCUAGUGAUAUCACAUCUGGCCAAAGCAUUCGACCCGCGAAAAAAAGGGCGAUGGAGAAUGCUGUCUGGAGGACCGACAUGCGUCAAAAAAGACAGCACCCUCUCAUAACACAACAGCGGGCCAAGAAAGCAUGCAAUUCACUUGCAUCAAAGGGAGUCAGACAUUCAGCAAUCUCUCGGGCUAGCAAGCGUAAAGAGUCCGAUGAAGGCAGCAUGGGUAUUGGGAGGCAUGGGCCACCACAAAAGAAAGUGGCGACUCAGUUGGAUACUGAUGCAGAAACUGACGAUGACUUGGAGGAACCGGAGUCCGUCAUAAAGUUCUUGUCAGCUGAAAUACCAAAAUUUGUCUCGACGUCAGAGGCCGAAAGGCGUGACUUCCUGCUUACCCAACCAACCUGGCCUCGUACAUUUGAGUCUGCACCAAAGCUGACACAGAAAACUGAAUCGUUUCUGUCUAAAUCAACCAUGGCUACCAAGUUGAGGCAGACAGCUGAACCAUCUCCCAUGGCUUCCAGGUCAAGGCAGACAGCUGAACCUUUCCCCUUCUCGUUGGCCCAACCAAAGGCUCCCAUGGCUUCCAGGGCAAAGGCUCAGUCUGUGCAUGAUCCUAAACGAGAAAACAAGACACCUGUUUGGGUAGAUCAUUCCAAUGAUGUGGAGGAACUUGAGGCUGCGUCAAAUGACUAUGCCGAUCCGAAGUCUCCAAACAACAACAUUUUGGUACUAGAUGAUGAUGACGAUGACGACGACGACCAUCAUGGUUAUUCUCAGGGGCCCAAACUUGUACGGAGCACAAAGGCCGGAAAGUUAAAACUCACAGACCAGGAUGACAGCACCCAACGUGUUGUCCAACGAGCGAUACUGGAAGCCAAGGUUCAUAUGACCUUUAUCAAUGGCUAUCCAGACAUCACCAAGAAAAACCAAUUUACACGAGAUGCCCUCUUAACUGCAGCUCGCACCUGCGGCGUCACACCCAUCUAUGAUCGCCUCACGACUAACGAGUCGUAUGCGUCUGCACUUGCAUCUCUGGUUGAUGCUCGAGUGCCGCUGUUUUGUACCGAAUUAAAAGAUGACGCUUGUGCACAAGUCACGGUGUAUUACCAUCUUGGUCCUGAUUGUGUUGAUGCUGCUAAGGCUCUGCUGGCGAGCCACACUUACCAUUAUGCGCAGCGUUUUGAUGAGGAAAAAAACCCCGUUCUGCAGGUGACAAAAUACCUAAUGAAGGGACAUUACUUCAAUGGGUCCAAGUCAGUUGGCGUGAAAUUCGCAGACUGUUUUAAGGAGAUUGCAGGAAACAAGGCCCAAUGGCCUGAGGUAACAAUUCCGAUGGUUGCUUUGACCAGCACUUUGGUGUAUGCUGCGCUCUUGUGGAAGUCCAACAAAUCUCCCUCCAAGUUCAAUUUCACGGGCAACCAGUUCAGCGAGGUCUAUACUUUCCAUGUAAACUUUCUCAACAAAAUGGAGGAGAAUGCGCCGAGCAAGUUUCACAAGUUGAUGGCUGACAUUUUCUUGGCUGUCCAGAAACUCUGCUCUAAUGGCGCCGCUGCCAUAGUGUCACACAAAGAUGCUAUGGCUUUCCUUGACCUUGAUGGCAUGGAUGACGACGAGUAG